AUGGCUGGUGCUAUUUCAAAAUAUAAUACCAUUUUAAAAUAUAAUAGAAAGUUUAUUCAACCUGUGUCAUACUUUAUUAAAAAUGGAUUUCAUAAAUACAGUACAGCCGAAACUAAAAAUCAAUAUGACAUAAUAAUAGCAGGAGGAGGAAUGGUUGGCACAGCAUUCCUUUUAGCAUUAGGUGGUCCAAAAUAUGCUAAAAAGGAACUUUCUAACUACUCAAACAGAGUAUCGGCUAUUAACAAAGGAUCUUCUCAAUUGUUCAAAGAUAUCAAUGUGUGGGAUAAAAUUAGAAGAAAGAAAGCAGUAAAUGAUAUGCAGGUUUGGGAUGCAUGUUCUGAUGCAUCCAUCAAUUUCAAUGAUAAUAUGCAAAACGACAUAGCGUUCAUAAUUGAAAAUGAUGAAAUAUUACAUGCUUUGUACUCUUCUUUUGAAGAAACUCCAAAAACCAACAUAACAAUUUUAAAUAAAGCAAAAGUAAAAAAUCUAAAAUUGGCAAAAGAAAUACUAAAAAUGAAGUUGAAUUGGAAACUGGAGAGAAAUUCACUUGUAAUCUUUUGGUAA